GUGUUACACGAACACGAACAUUUCGGCGCGACGUAGCUAGCUGUGUCGCUGUCUAUCGCCUGUCAUUCGAAGCGAUUCGAAGACAGCAGCAGACAGUAAACAGUGACAAACAGAAGUGCAGAAACAGAAAACGGAACGAGAAGAACGAGAUCAGAUCCGAUGCGAUCGGUGCGAUUGGAUCGUACGAUCAUUGAUUAAAAUGUCCGUCACCGAAGAGAGGAUUCAAGAAUUGAACAGGCGAUUUCUGGAAUUCAUGGGUAAAACCGAGAACGUGGAAUCGGCUACGAAGGAAAUUUACGAGGAUCUCCUCGACGAGGUAUUGAUGGGUUUCGUUUUCGACGUGCAUCGAACCACAAAAACUGGCAGCUCAGACAUCGAAGAAGGAAUACCGGACGACGAGUCGUACGCUAUCGUAGAUUCUCCAGGGUUGGACGUGUUCGGUCAGCAUCCUGUAAAAAAAUCGCAGGAAUGCAACUGUCCGAAUUGUGACAGAGGCGUUGCCGCCCGCCGGUUCGCAACGCAUUUAGAAAAGUGCAUGGGCAUGGGUCGGAACAGUUCGCGGAUCGCAUCGAGGCGUAUAGCAAACAAUUCGAAGGACCUGAGCAAUUUCAGUGGAGUCAUAAGCGACGACGACGACGACGUCGAUUGGAGCUUGAACAACGACAAGCGUAAGCGUAGGAAGGAUCGUAACGGAAUGAAAAGGACGAAACAGCAGAAGAACAGUCAAAGGAACGGAGAGAGUGCGAACGAACACGUUCACAGCAGUAACGAGAAUUCUCCGUCGAAUUACGAGAACAUGUCGUUGGAGGACAAACGAAUUCUAUUGACCCAGAUCUGUGGCGUCAUAUCGGAGCACACGAAAAAGUUGUGUACGAGGUCUAUGAGGUGUCCGCAACACACGGAGGACCAACGGAAAGAGAUGAGAGCGAAUCUAGAGUCGGGGAACAGUGGCCAGCAGUCCGGUCAGGACAAUCUUCACGUCGACGUGGACACGUACGAGGAAGGAGACGGCCAAAAUCUGAGGGAAGCUCUGGCACGCUGGGAUCGCGAAGGAUCGAAUCACUCGAGUCCGGCAGAUUCCACGUCCACUACCUCGACCUCGUCGAUAAGCAGAAAACGGGAGACCAAGACGAAAGGCAAGGGCAAAGGAUCGAAACGCGACCGCGGAUCGCCCAUUUCGCAAGGAGAUUAAAACGAUUCGCUCGUUCGAUUCAUUCAUUUCUCACGUUUCACCAAUAAGAAUUUUAGAACGGGCGUAGUCACACGACAAUAACGUUCCUACGCAUCGUACAAAGCUUCGAGAAUACAUUCUCACAUCUUACAUCACACGAAGACAUCUUUCAAUCUACUCGUACAUUCCACACUCGACGCGUUUCAAGCGGUAAACGUACACACGUACGUACACGUACGAGAGAUCGUUGCCAAAGAUCGCGUGUAACGUAGCAUCGUCAAACUCGACUUUGUUCCAGAACGUACGUCCUCUUUAAUUCUCCUCAUAUUUUUCAUCCACGUAUUCGUCUUCUCACUUCAGAUUCGCGACCGUCAAUGAUCAAGCAACUAUUACGCUUUCGUUCAACGAUUGUAAAAACAACACUGUACGAUAAUAAAUUUUAUACGCACAAGCUCGGGACGUAUCGAUUCCGA